CCAAAUGGAAUUGUGGGAUUUGUAGGAGAAUUAAUGAAGACACAUUUCAAGAGCUGAGGGAGGUUGAUUGCGCAAGUAAAAACUACAACUCCCUAGAAAUUAUAUCCGUAUCACUUGUGUACGAUUACAGAUCGCCAACAUAUUUGAGAGGUCGCCGUCUCAACUGCAAGUAGACCACCAAAUGAUUUGACGGUUCCAUAUAUCAGUUGACACUCUCAAUUUUGUGUCAUGAUGGCGGAUGACAACAAACCAAUCCACGAGCUGCGUUUUGACGCUGCAGUCAAAGUGAUUCAGAGUUUACCUGCGGACGGUUCCUUUCAACCAUCGAAUGAGAUGAUGUUGAAGUUCUACAGCUACUACAAGCAGGCCACGCAGGGACCUUGCAACAUUCCCCGGCCAGGCUUUUGGGACCCAGUGGGCAAAGUCAAAUGGGAUGCAUGGAGUGCUCUCGGAGAGAUGUCGACAGAGGAGGCCAUGACAGCAUAUGUUGAUGAAAUGAAACUGAUUCUGGAGAGCAUGCCGGUGACGGAUGAAGUGGAGAGACUGCUUAAGGUCUUGGGGCCAUUUUAUGAGAUGGUGGAUGCAAAGAAGAUCUCACAAGUGUCUGACCUUUCUGAUGGUCUUGGGGAUGUUAUGGGAAAAACAUCCAAGGCAGUCACCAAAAGUAUCAUCAGGAACAUGGAAAUGAACGGCUCUUUAGACGAUCACAUGUCCAAAUUGGAAGCCAGGAGAAGAGCCAUCAAGAAUACGGAAGAUGAUGACAUUGAGGAGGAGGAGGAGGAAGACGACGAAGAAGAUGAAGAAGACGACGAAGAGGAGAUCGUAGAAGUUAAAAAAGCCCCACCACCAAGAAAGAAAGGGUCAUCGGGGAAGCCCAAAGCACCCUUAUCCAAUGGCAGUGCAGCCCAUGGAGCCCUCCCUUUAACCAAUGGCACGCACAGCUCCAAGUCUGCGCUCAAUGGGAAUGGUGUGCAAGAGGAGCCAGAUGACAUGGGCCUACCUGCUGGGACCAUGGAGAUUAAUGGCCAUCUCAGUGAUCUCCCUGAGGACCUGUGUAGCCACCAGCAUGUAGCUAGUGACUCCGACAGUGAGGUUUACUGUGACUCGGUUGACCAGUUUGGUAUGGAGGAGGGCUCAGAGGGGCACAGCAACCAUGCCCCAGACCUGGAGGACAAUCACCACAGCACCCUGUCCUCCACCGAGGAGCUUGGCGCACCCGUGUCCGACGCAGAGGACCUGCAGGCAGGGCCCGAGGGCGUCCAGCGAGGCGGGGAGGACGGGAAGAGUGGGUCAGGCGCUUCACACAGGCACAGGGCACCUGCAGAGCGAACCGACAACGCACUGGUCCGCAGGAGCAGAGGCUCCAGAUCUUCAUCCUCGAGUGGUGGAGCCCAGGGAUUGUUGCAGGGCAACGGGGGGGAUGGGGAACGCUGGGGGUCGGAAGGGGCAGUUGGAGGGAAUAUCAACGAGCAGAUAGUGACCGCGCUGGCAAGGCUACAGGAAGACAUGCAGAGCGUGCUACAGCGGCUACACACUCUGGAGGCCCUGACUGCCUCUCAGGCCCGAUCACUUGCCUUGUCUCCGAACUUUCCGUCACCCCAGGUAACAAAGAGACCCUCCUGGUGGCCCUUUGAAGUGUCCCCAGGCACUGUGGCCUUUGCAGUGGUGUGGCCGUUUGUGGCGCAGUGGCUUAUUCGCCUGUACCUCCAGCGAAGGAGACGGCGGAUCCACUGAGAAGGGCGUCCUGCUUCCCCACGCAGGAAGUCGAGCCAGCCCCAGGAGCGCUCCGUCUGGCCCCUUCUUCAGUAGCAGGCCUCGGAUAGUUUCCUCCCUUCUUGUGUUCCCCUCACGUCUAACUCUACGCUUUUGCACUAUGACGGCGGCAUCAAGAGUAGCAAGUGGUAGGUUGCAGCUAAAAUCAGUCCUUUUGUGGACAUGUGAAUUACUGUAUAGAGUCGCAGCUUAUCACGCAAGUUUAAUUUCUCCUCAUGCUCAGUUGAAAUCUUGAAAUAUAAAAUACCAAGGACACCAACACUAAAACAAAAUCAGUGUGCGGAGUAAUGGAAGUGGUAUAAUUUACUUUAAAAAACAAUUGAAAUACGAUGAUUUUCAGAAGCGGUUUGAUUUUGUAUUCAUCACAGGGGCAUUAUGACUACAUUGAAAUGUAUUGAAGUUAAUAAUCAGUUUGAGAUCCAUUACCAGAACAGUUAAAACUUACAGACAAACUUGCUGCUAAUUAUUUCUUUGUAUUGGGGAGAACAAUGCUCUCAAGUAGGUCUAAUGCACAUUUUAUGUUAAUUAUGUUCAAAUACAGAACAAUUAGUGCGAUUGAGGAAAAGUAGUAAUGUGUCCAUGAUCAGCUGAUACUGUUUAUCAAUUUUAGUGCAGGAGUAGGUCCCUGUAUGUGUUUAAAAUAUUGCUCAGAAUGUUCUCUUUUCAUAUAAAAAGUCAGUCUAGUUUGUUUUCUUAUUAGCAAUUCUAAUCAACAGAACAGAAAUCUUUGUUGUGCACAGAUAUGUUCUAACAUGUGUGUGCAGAUUGUGUGUUGACUGGUGAGUUAUGAGUAAGGAGAAGAGCUCAGAGAUUAUACUGAAUAUUCGCUCAUAUCCUAAGUGAGGCAAGGAACUUCACUGAACCAAAGUAUGACAAUAUCACCAAAACCCGACUGCAAUACGCUUGCAGAGCUAACCAUGAGUCAUUGAUCUAUGGAGCCGCAUUGUGUUUAGUCCAAAGUUUCAACCCCUAGUUGGGAUUUAAUACAAUUUACAGAGCAGCAGAACGAGUUACAUUUCAGAUCUGUGAUUGGUUAACAUUAACAGUUCGGUUUUAUCCUGCAAUACUGCCCGAGAGAAAUAUUUGCUCAUUAUCUGCCGAGAGCGUUUCUAUCCAUGCCUGAUCACCCAAAGAGUCAGGAGAUUGAAUUGUUUUGGACUAGUAGGGGAAGUAGGAGUGUGCACUGAAAGUUUUAAAAAGUAAUGUAAUUUUAUUAAUUCUAAUAUGGAUCAUGGAUAUCCUUUUUAUCAGAGUUUUAUGGUUGUAUGUUUUUUUGGUUCCAUUAGUGUAAAUUGUGUAAUACUGUUAAUAGAGACUGUACAGCAUAAAUAAUAUAAUGUAUGGAUAUACCAAUGUAAUAUUUUAAUUGCACUGAAGUGUAUUAUUGUAAUAUACAUAUAUACAGAUAAAUACCUAUUUAAUUAAUUCCUGUAAUAUUGUUUGGAUUGGCAGUAGAUCUGACCUUAGAGUUGUACAAAGGCGUUUUUGUUGAAACUAUCCUUUCUAUUAAGCCUUCUAACCAAGUCUGCCCCCUUGUGGUCAGAUCUUUGCAUGUGUUUGCUAAUCUGAAGCACGAAUAAAGGUUUUGGAACAAUUUA